ACGCCAAGGAUGUUUCUUCCAAUUUACAUCUUUCAUCGUCCCCGUUGUUGUAUUUAGCUUUCUUUUUUCAGCGCGCAAAGCAAAUGUGAAAUUUUUGGAACAACUCAGUUGUGAUUGGCUCGCCUAUUUUUGAAAAUUCCUCGACCUUUGACGUCACACCAUUCGCUAUUUGGAGUACGUGAGGUUCUUACAAGCUUGUUUUUCGUAGGACUUCUUCGUGUAAAAAUCUCAUGGUUUUUGUUUACCGUUUCUGAGAAAAUCUGCAGCUUGGUGCCACGAAAACAACCUAUUUAUCCGUGACCGCAGGAAUUACGUGGUCAAGCAUUUUUCCUAAGAGUGUUUUCACUUUUACAAAGAUAAAAGCGAAGAGAUAGCAAUCGAAAUAUUGGCCGUCAUUGACUGAAAGCUGUCAAUAUAAGGAACAACACUCGGUAGUACAAGAGCUUGAAGUACUAUUUACCGAAAAUGGAGAUGAGAGUUUGUGUUUACUAUCUAUAUUAGCUAGUAACCAAGCAGAUGUGAUCACUAUGUUAUUCUAUGAUAAUGUGUAUACGACGAUGCUAUAAACAUAACUCGUUAAUUCUCGAAGCGACACGAGCGACAUAAAUAACACGACGUAAUUGAUUUAGAGCUCGCUCCGCACAUAAUUUCGUGAGAAUCUUCUCUUCACACUCACGGUGUAAGCAAAAGCAAAGACUAGUUUUCUCUCUAACAGAGAGAACAGGUUAAGGCGAAAAGCAUGUUGCGCAAAAUGGAAAUAUUUCGGAUCGAAUUCAUUAUGACGAUUGUGAUUUAUUUGAGCCUUACUGUGAUGUCGGAAAAGUUUAAGGUUUUCAGGAUACGUCCGGAAGGCGAAGAUGCGUGGUUAGACGCUGGAGAUGCGUUUGUCAUUCCUCCAUCGCAGUGUGGCAGUACAAACAUAGUAAAUUGUCAUCGAUUCCGCGCCGAUGUGAAGAUGCCUUCUCUCGAUCCAUGCGCCUGUGUAUGCCCGCGUGAUAGAGCGACGUUCAUGUUCCAUAACGGGAAAUACGAAUGCAUGGGCAACAGUCAAGUCCGAAGAUCAUUUGGAUUUCGCCAGCCCCCGUUUGUCACUUUUGACGGUGAAACAGUGAACAGUCCGUUAAGAAUGGUUAAUGACACUGACAGUAGAAGAUUGACUUUGUCAAAUUCUUUGCGGAGCUGCAAAGUAGACACCGUAAAUUCCUGGUCUCUUGGUUGCUAUGUUCCUGAAGCGCCAUUUAGUAACAAGUCCCCGUUUGAAGUCCAUUAUGGAACGGAUUUUACUGAUAAUCCAUUCUUUCUUUCGGUUGGUGGCAAUGGCGUAUUCAAUACUGCUGAGUUCAAGGGGAAGAUAAUCAGGCUGGGUAUCCUGUGCAACAAACUAAAGCAGUCGUUGCUGUUCAAGUACGAAGGAAUUAUCAAUUGUAACGGCACUCCGCCUACUCUUCCGCCUACUCUUCCACCUUCACCCGCAACUAAACCGCCGUCCAUCACUAUGAAUCCACAGCCACCACAGCAAACAAUAGUUUUUACAGUCACUCAGUUAUCAAACGUCACUGGAGGUCGAUCGACGGAUCCCGAGGGUCCACCGAAGAGAGAUCGGGAGCGGUAUACACAUGGUCGACCCUCAGUGGGGCUCAUAGCAGCAUUCAUUGCGUCGAUUCUCUUACUUACGAUUGUGAUUGGUUUCUCUUAUCUUGGAUCCCGUCAUUUCAAAAAGAAGCCUCAGUUGAGACCGAAAAAUGGAAAGAAAGAAGACGCGGAAGCAGCAAGGCAUCGAGCCAGUUCCGCAUACGAAGCUGAUGAUGAAAACAGAUACACGGCGCUCGGAAUAAGAGGGCCUCCAAUUUAUUCAUCAAACUAUAAAUCACCGAAUCCUGAUAAUGCUCCACAUGCAACUAAGGGUGACUUUGGUGGAAAACGUGCAUAUGCUUCCUCGAGCACGCCUGUUCAACACAAUAUGCAUGGCCAUGGAGGUAACAAGGUAUCAGUCCCCACUUUAGAUGCCAAAGAUGCCGUCUACAAGGACCCUGAUUUGGACAAUAAUCUCAGGGGAGGUCACAGUGGUCCUGUUAGACUAAAUCAACUCGUGUACAAUUGUGUAGAGAACCUUAAGGCUAAGAAGAGAAGCAACAGAGAUCCAAACUCGGGGCUUGAACAAGGUCCUGAGUACGACUACAAGGACCCAGAUUAUAAGGACCCUGACUAUAGGGACCCUGACUAUAAGGAUCCUGACUAUAGGGACCCUGACUAUAAGGACCCUGACUUGGACCCCGUUCUCAGGGACAAAAACAGCGGUCCAGUUGGUAUAAAUCAACUUGUGUACAAUUGUGUGGAAGAGCUUAAAGUUGCGGUGGCAAAAGGACAUCGAAACGAUGACGUAUAUGAUCCUGGACCAGAGCAUUACGGCUUGGAUAGACGUAGUUUGAAUCGUUCAGCGAAACCCAGUCAAAAUGGUACCACGUCUCGUGAAGGUGGUAGCGAUGAACAUUACCGUAAUCAUUCAGCGACGCCUGCUAAAAAUGGUACGACGUCCCGAAGUGGUCGUGUUUUAAGUAAACGUUACUUUGAUCGUUCUUCGAGAGCCAGUGAAUAUGGCUCCAUGUCCAGGGAUGGUCAUGACGAUAGUUUGGGUAAACAUCACCUUGAUCGUGUUGCAAGGCCCAGUAAAUACGGUUCCAUGUCCUCGGAUAAGAAACCGUACACCUACACUUUAGAAAAAUAUCUUCCACCACCAGCUCUGUAUGAACUUGAAGAUUAUGAAACGAUGCACUCACAAGUCUCUAGUGUUUUAGAACAGGAUGAGGAGGAAGAAUCUGAACGAAAUGGCCAUACUGACGAUGCAGUUUAUGGCACAACAAAGUUUUAAGAAGCUGUAAUUAUAACGACCAAUCUGAACAGAACAAAAUCAUCGUAAUAUGCAAUUGAAAAUUCAACACCCAAACAAGGUUACCGUCCAAAGCCUUGGACACGCAAACUACAAACAGAGCCGUUAUUGGUUCAACUCUUGAAUCCGAUUGGUCGAGAAGAUGGAGCGAGGUUUUUCGAAACCAAUAAAAGAGCGGAAUCAAUUGAUGCCAUUGAAUUCCCAACUCAGAACGUCUAGCAAUUUUAAAAUUGCGCGUUUGAUCUUACUCGACCUAAUGAUAGAAAUAUGACCAGACAAUUCAGGUCAAGAAUUUAAUUACACUGCCAUUGUCUUAGUAAAGAUGUACUGAAAAGGACUGUUUAUGAAGUCCCUGACAGUUUCAUAACCAAAGUGGGUCCCAUCUUGAUUCUUAUUGUCAAGCCAUUUGAAAGAUGUUUUAGAUGUAAUUGUCAUGUGAAGUCAAUUUUUUUCUUGUCGGUGGAGCAGUAAAGAAAACUAUGUCAUCAGUGACGGUCAAUCUGUAUACCUCAGUUACGUUUUCUCGUUGAGUGAAUUCGAAAUUUAUCAUCGAGCGUUACCCAAUAAUUUCGUAAAUAAGAAAUCGUGCCUAUCCUUAUCCAGUUAAAGUAAGUUGGAGCGAAAUCCUUACUGUAACUACCCCAAUCAAAACCUUUUUAUCAGCUCGGAAUUUUAAGAUCGCAUUUAUCUCAUUACAAAGUGUAGCAAUUUAAUCAUAAUGUUCGCACACUUCAUAUUGAAGUUAUGCAAUAAAGGGAACUGUCAGCUGAAAAA